CUCAGAGAGGUCGGACAGCUGUCGAGCACACACACACAUACACACACACACACACCCGUGUGCUCUUCUCGGAUCAUCUGGACCCGCUCGGUGUCGGAGUCCUUCUUCGGUCAUGAGGGACGCAUCGGCACCGGAGCCGGCGCUCGCGCACACACCCGAUGGCGACCCGUGAGCGCGCCGGGACUCAGCAUGCCCAACCGAACCGUGUCCGAGCCGCGGGAGACGCUGGCGCGUGCGCUCACCGGCUGCCUGCUGUGCGCCUUGAUCCUCUGGACUCUGUUCGGGAACAUCCUGGUGUGCGCCACCGUGCUGCGCUUCCGCCACCUGCGCACCAAAGUCACGAACAUCUUCAUCGUGUCGCUGGCCGUGUCGGACCUGCUGGUGGCCGUGCUCGUGAUGCCGUGGAAGGCGGUGGCGGAGGUGGCCGGUUUCUGGCCGUUCGGCGCGUUCUGCGACAUCUGGGUGGCGUUUGACAUCAUGUGCUCCACCGCGUCCAUCCUGAACCUGUGCGUGAUCAGCGUGGACCGCUACUGGGCCAUCAGCAGCCCGUUCCGCUACGAGCGCAAGAUGACCCCGCGCGUGGCCUUCGUGAUGAUCGGCGCGGCGUGGACUCUCUCGGUGCUCAUCUCGUUCAUCCCGGUGCAGCUGGACUGGCACAAGGCCGCCGCGGAGCCCAACGCCACCGACGCGGACAGCUGCGACUCGAGCCUGAGCCGAGAGUACGCCAUCUCCUCGUCCCUCAUCAGCUUCUACAUUCCCGUGGCGAUCAUGAUCGUCACCUACACGCGCAUCUACCGGAUCGCGCAGAUCCAGAUCCGGAGGAUCGCCUCUCUGGAGCGCGCCGCCGAGCACGCGCAGAGCUGCCGGACGAACCGGCUCGCGUGCCAACACCACAGCAGCCUGAAGACGUCCAUCAACCGCGAGACCAAAGUCCUGAAGACGCUGUCCAUCAUCAUGGGGGUGUUCGUGUGCUGCUGGCUGCCGUUCUUCGUGCUCAACUGCGUGGUUCCGUUCUGCCACCGGGAGCCGUCCGCGGGUCCGCCGUGCGUCAGCGACACCACCUUCGACGUGUUCGUGUGGUUCGGCUGGACCAACUCGUCCCUGAACCCCGUCAUCUACGCCUUCAACGCGGAGUUCCGCAAGGGCUUCUCCAGCCUGCUGGGCUGCCGGAACCGGUGCCGGACCCCGGUGGAGACGGUGAACAUCAGCAACGAGCUCGUGUCCUACAACCAGGACACGCUGUUUCACAGAGAGGUGGCGAGCGCAUACGUCAACAUCAUCCCGAACGAGGUGGACGACGCGUUCGACCGGAUCUCGCAGCUCUCGCGGGACAACGAGGACUCUGUGUGCGAGCUGGAGUGCGAGGCGGACGGGGCGUUCACGCCGAACGGCGUCCACUGACCGCGAGCACGGGGCUGGAGUGUUUCUGAAAGAUGCCCGUGUGUCCCGCGUGCAGAUGCUGUCACGUGACCGCGCCGCUGUUUCACCCGGUGAGUCCCGUUAUCGCGCGCAGCUGCCUCCGGUUACAGUGCCUACAGAUGAACGAACACCUCUCCAGAGCAGCUGCUGAGUCAGUCUGUAGCAGUGUCAUGAUUCAGAUCAGUUCUCCAUACUGAAACACAGCUCACACUCAGACUCUGGCUAAUGUUCCGGCAAUGUUCUCUCAAAGUUACGAGCAAACGUUCUUCCAGUGACGUUAACAGAACGUUCUGAUCUGCUCUUUAAUAACGCUCUCUAAGCGUUCGCACGAAAACAUUUAGACAUCAUUCACGCAACGUUUCAGUUGGACGUUCAUCUAAUGUUUUGUAAUGUUGCUACUUGUUUCAGAACAUUCCUUCACAUUUGCUCAACCAGCAGAAACUCUAAGUUUUCUUUUGAACAUUCAGAAAUAACGUUUUCAUAAUUUAACCGAAACGUUAUAAAAACAUCAGAAGUUCUGCUAGCAGCAGCUCUACAGAAGAUAAGAGUCAUUAUUCAGAUCAGAGUCAAACCAAUAUUAGUCAAUAUUAAAUGUGUUUUAAACCUCAGGCCAUGCAAACAUGAAAACAACCCAAAGAAAUGAUCAGCAUUAAUUAUCCUGUGAUUAAUAAACCAUACCUGAACUCAGAAUAACAUUAUUCUGUCACUCAUACAUGGAGAAACUUGAAUUCCGGUCAGUGAUUUAUGCAGCGUGUGAUGUUCAUGUUCCGUAUUUUCAGACUUGUUUUCCAGUGAUAACAUCUAAACAUCCUGAAAACGACACAUUUACUGGAGAAGUGAAAUAACAAGAUAUUUAGCCUUGUUUUCUGAAAAACUGACAAACACUAAGAAAGUUUACAGAUAUCUGCGAGUGCGGUCAGAAAAAUCAGUUUAAUUCAAAGUGAAAACUAUAUUUUUUUCUGACCCCACUGACAGAUAUUUUCUUGUUUUAAGCAAAAAUUCACUUUUUUUCUGAAAUGAGGACUGACUUAAGUUGCUAUUUGAGAGUGUUACUAUAUUUACAGCAUUGUUUUAGUAUCAC